AUGUUACUUGUAUUAUGCAAUUUAAAGGAAUAUCCAGAAAAUGCUCGGGAGAUCCGUCAAACCGUCGAACGCCGUCGUCAUUAUUUGAACAUCGUCUACGCCACAUCGAUUCUGACAUUCCAAAUGGCAACCACUAUAGGAUGGCAAAAUUAUCUUUCUGAAGCGUAUGCUCAUUUGGCUGGAAGCAGUGAUAAUAUUCUCCAUGGUGUGAUGAUGUUGUGUUUAGUCCUAGAAAGUUUUCUCCUCUACAUGGCGAUUUACUCGAAACGGAGUGCUCUUCUCGUUCUUCUCAUCAUCUUCUUCUUCAUUCAAUGUGCCUUAAAGCUUCUCCAAAUCUCUAUGACCUACCCUACGGCUCCUGGAUACCGUAAAAAGUUCAGUGAUCUCACACGAUACUCUGAGUACGAUGCUAUGAAUCUCACCUACGACGCCGUCAUGUUCAUUUGUGCCUUGAUCUGCUGUGCAAUGUGUUGCGCUGCCACGUGGCACUUCACUCCACUGGUCAUCGUCAAAAUGAACUACAAAGAGACACAAGAGGACGCGGUCGCACAGGCGAUGAAAAAGUUGAUGAAGACAAAAUUGACGACAUAUGAUGUGUGCAGUUCUGAUGAGGAAUCGGCUCAUAAAAUCUCUCGUGGCCCGAAUGGAAAACACUUCAUUUCGAAGAGCCAACACAAGAAGAGUUUCAGUACUCAGAUCACAGAAAAUGCAGAUGUGACUGUUACAACUUCGGGUGCCAGGACUAGCAAGUCUGAAUCAAAUAUGAAUAUACCACCUGGACAAUGGCGUCUGGAUGUGAUGAUAAUGGUUCUUUAUCAGAUGGCCUUGUUCUUUUCGGCUCAACUGGUUUUCGUGAUUUUCUUGGAGUACAUGCCAAAGACUUACUGUAAUACAGGUGGUUAUCAUAAAGAGUGGAUUAUAGCUACAGUAACCCUUUCAGAGAAGCAAUGUUACAAGCUAACCAGCAAAUGCUUAUCGGAUUAUGACCGUAACGAACCUAACAUUUGUCUAGCUCCAAAUGGCUCAAAAUCCCAAUUUGACGAGUGUGUGGAAGAUAAGAAAUAUCUGUACUUCAAGUCUGCUCAGUAUGAUUAUCAACAAGAUUGCACAUCUUUGACACACUACUCUGCUUCCACCAAUAUGUACCUCGGUGUCUUGUUCGCCAAUCUUGUCCUCGGAAUUCUGGCUGAUAAGCUUGGAAGACGUCCAAUUUACUUUGCUUCUAUCUCGAUUGGUGUUGUCUCUUUGGUGCUUUCAGCUGCAAUUCCAUCCCUUACCGCUUUCUAUAUUUUCCGAUUUACAACUGGAGUAGGUGUGGCUGGUGCUCAGAUUGUUGGAUGGUCCUAUGGGUCGGAGAUGAUUUCGGCAAAGAGGAGAUUUCAGUUGAGAACUUUUUCGAAUUGGGCCAACGCUCGAAUCCUUCUCACUUUUGUGGCCUUUAUCACUCGAGAAUGGCACACGGCUUCCUACCUAUGUGCUGCGAUUUCUGCUCUCAUCUUCCCGAUUCUCUGGAAACUUCCGGAAUCUCCAGUCUUCUUGGAACAAAAGCAUAAAAUCGAAAAAGCCAACGAGGCGAGAGAACAGCUCGCAGAUUUUUGUGGGCUCGAGUACGAGGAGAAGGAGCCGGAAGCCAUAAAUAAUCUGAAGAAAAUCACAUUGAUGGACAUGUGGAGGAAUAAAAGGCUGAGAACGAAUUUCUUGGUUUUGUGCUUCAUGUGGUUUUAUGUCGGAAUGGCCACUUAUAUAACGGAUUUGAAUGGUGCAGAUAUGUCGAAGAAUUUGUAUGUGGGACAAUUUUUAUCAGGACUUCUGCUGACGAUUUCGAAAAUUGCUUUCGGAUUUGCUGAACCUCGAUUUGAAUGGUUGGGUCGCAGAACGGUAUUCUUAUUCUCUCAAGGAGUUGCUAUGAUUGCAUACGUGGCAAUUCUGAUUGCACUGUUUACAGAUAGCAAGGUUAGUUUCCAGAAUUUUUCAGUUUCCAAAAUUUUUUUUCAGGAAUCCACAUGGUAUCUUAUCGUAUAUCUAUGUGCCUACUCGUUCCAAGCUCUUUCUACGGAAACUUGCUACUUAUCAGUGGCAGAACUGAUACCAACUGAUGUUCGGGUUACUGUAGCGGCCAUUACUAAUAUUUGCCUGAGACUUGGCACCAUUCUGGCGUCGUUGACAAAACCUCUGAAAUUUUCCUUCGAACCUGGACUCUUCCUGAUCAACUUGGUAGUUUGCUCCAUUGGAAUCACCGUAGUCUACUUUCAUCUAGAAGAGUCGAGAAAUGUGAACUUGCAAAAUGUUGGACAGGAUGAGGUGUCGGAUUCUGGAGACUCCCAGACAAUGAUAGAGAGUGAUAAGAAAUCAGGAUCUGGGGAAUCAGGGACAACAGAGGCUGCAGAAACUUCUGGAACCACUGAAGUCGAAGCUGAAAGAGGAGAAUCGAAUAGUAAACUCGCUUAA